AUGCCUAGGGGCAACAAGAGCAAGGGCCGCUCCAGGGCCAAAAGGCAGCAGACUCGCGGAGAAAGCCAGAAUCUCCAGGGUUCUCAGCCCACUGUGGAGGAGGAGAAAAUGUCAUCCUCCUCUCUUGUCCAGGGAGAUACACUCAGUUCCCCUGGUGUAAGCACUCCUCAGGAGUCCCAGGAGGCCGCAUCCUAUGGCUCUCCUGAGUUAGAUGUGCCCUGCUCAGUUCAUGAUGUAGGUGCUGAGGGUUCUGUUGCAGGUGCUGAGGAGAAGAGUGCACAGGCCUCCAAGAUAGCAGCCGCAAUUCAAUCUGCACGUAGAGAUCCUCUGACCAGGAAGGCCAAUGCUUUGAUAGAGUUCAUGAUGGAGAAGUUUAAGGUGAAAGAGCCUUUCACACAGGCAGAUAUGCUGAGAGUAAUCAACAAGAAGUACAAGGUGCACUUUACUGAGAUCCUCAGGAGAAUCUCUGUGCGCUUGGAGCUGGUUUUUGGCCUUGAGCUGAAGGAAGUUGAUCCCAGUUCUCAAUCCUAUAUGCUUGUAGGAAAACUGGGUCUCUCCACUGAGGGAAGUCUGAGUGGCAGUAGUGGGUUACCCAAGACAGGGCUCCUGAUGACUCUCCUGGGUGUGAUCUUCAUGAAGGGGAACCGUGCCACUGAGGAAGAGGUCUGGGAAUUUUUAAAGGUAGUGGGGAUAUAUCCUGGGAGGAGUCAUGUAAUCUUUGGAGAGCCCCGGGAAUUUAUCACCAAAGAUUUGGUGGAGGAAAAUUAUGUGGUAUACCACCAAGUUCCUGGCAGUGACCCCCCAAGCUAUGAGUUCCAGUGGGGUCCCAGAGCCUAUGCUGAAACCACUAAGAUGAAGGUCCUGGAAGUUAUAGCUAAGAUCAAUAAUACUUCUCCUAGUUUCUUCACUAGUAUGUACGAGGAGGCUAUGAUUGAUGAGGCUAAUAGAGCAGCAAGAAGAGUUACAGCUGUGCCUGGCAAUGUUGUAGAUGCCAGGGAUGUCAGGGCUCAUCGCAGAGGCAUGGCUCAUAGCUCCUCUUCUAAGUAG